GUGAAACCAGUCGCAGAGUUGAGUGAGAGCGAGAAACAAAGCAAGAGAGACCAGUGGAGAAAAGCACAACAGAGAAGAAGACAGAGAAAUCGAAUGCUAGUACAAAAAGACAGCAAUGAACUUGAACAGCUACCUACAGAAUCAAGUCUGGCGGAUUAAAGCUUCACGUCAUUGACCCACGGGGGCGCGCACAGCCGCUGUGAUGCGCGGACACGUGUAAAGCCUGAGCUUGUGUACACAACGCUCGCGGAGGAAAGUCUCUAGACAGGUACUUCACUAAAGGCUGAACUGAUUCAUUCAAGGCCUUUAGUGUUUCAGACUCUGAAGGCUGACUGGUACUGAUGCCCUGCUGGGAUUGAGAUCUCGUAUAGGAAGCCACUUAAAGUUUAUUCGAUUAAAAAAAAAAGUUUAUUGUUGUAGUGUUUUAUUUAUCAUUAGUAAACGCCUCGAGUACGUUAAAUCUAAGAAAUUACUCGGAUCCUCAUUUUUUUCUCAUCUGGGAGUCGAAUGGCCUCUGCUGUUACAGUGAAGACAGAGAAGCGUCCUUCCCAUGACUCUGAGGAUGGAGACACAGUGGCUAAGAAGGCCAGGAAGUUGUUGCCCAGCCUGAAGACGAAGCGUGCUCCUGAGCUGGUGCUGGUGAUCGGCACCGGGGUGAGUUCAGCCGUAGCUCCUCAGGUGCCCGCGCUGCGCUCCUGGAAAGGUCUGAUCCAGGCGCUGCUCGAUGCUGCCAAUGACUUUGAUCUGCUUGAGGAGGAAGAGAGCCGCCGCUUCCAGAAAAGUCUGCAAGAGGACAAGAACCUGGUGCAUGUUGCUCAUGACCUUAUCCAGAAACUUUCACCAAGGACGGGAAAUGUACGCUCCACCUUUUUUAAAGACUGCCUCUACGAGGUGUUUGAUGACCUGGAGUGUAAGAUGGAGAACGCUGGGAAGCAUCUCCUGCGCUCCGUGCUGCAGUUGAUGGAGAGCGGCGCUCUGGUCCUCACCACUAACUUUGACAAUCUGCUAGAGAUUUAUGCCGCCCAUCAAGGGACCAAGCUGGAGUCUCUGGAUCUCACAGAUGAGAAGAAGGUUCUGGAGUGGGCUCAAGAGAAGAGAAGACUGAGCGUGCUCCAUAUUCACGGUGUUUACACCAACCCCAGCGGCAUCGUACUGCAUCCUGCUGGCUACCAGAACGUUCUGAGGAACACAGAAGUCAUGAGGGAGAUCCAGAAGCUCUAUGAAACCAAGUCUUUUGUGUUCCUGGGCUGCGGGAGGACAGUGGACGACACCACCUUCCAGGCCCUGUUUCUCGAGGCGGUCAAACACAAGUCCGACCUUGAGCAUUUCAUGCUGGUGCGGCGAGAGGAUGUGGGAGAAUUCAAGAAGCUCCGAGACAACAUGCUGGACAAGGGCAUUAAGGUCAUCUCGUACGGCAACGAAUACGCCGACCUGCCGGAGUACUUCGAACGACUGGCCAAUGAGAUUUGCAACCGGGAUGUGGAUCGGGACGUGCUCACCAAUGGCUGGGGAUCUCCCAUCUCACAAGGCGAAGAAAGUCUUAAUGGCUUUACCACCCAGAAAAACCUCCUGCAAGUGCAUGCUUCUAGAACGAUAGAAACCUGAAUGCAGCACAAGGGCUUCUGUUGUUGUUUUAUACUCCCCUUCCCACUGUACUCCUCUGCACCCGUGGCUUCCCGUGAUGAAAUCAGCUGAUGAGCACUGUGUUGUUAUGAGAUCUUCAUUGUAGCUCUUCCUCUUUCCCUGUCCAGACUUCCACUUGUGACACAAGUGGCAGUCUGGGAACGUUUCCACAGCUCCGCCGCCCCCUUCCGCUCGGAUCUGGUAUGACUAGAUCUUCACGCACAACAGACUCAUUUCUCAUACUUAAACCGAGCGCUGCCAGUACCGGGUCGCUUCACACGGGACAGGCGUCAGUCAAAGCACCACCAAGCAAACUGUGAACUCCUGCAAAUCGGAAAAUGUUUAUGAAACUUCAUGUGAGCGAGGGAGAUUUUAUUUAUGUGGUUUUAAGUGAAGUGCGGACCAAUAAUAUUCAGGAAAGUCUGAUCUUAAACAUGAGCUGUCAAAUACUAAAACAUUUGAACAGGAGUGUUAGUAAAUGCAAUCUCACUUCCCAUUUUUCACAUCACUAAAUGCACAAGCAAUACUAAAAUGGUGAUUGUGUGAACCUCACAAAAAUAUCAAGAAAUGUCCGUCUUAUUUCACCAAUAAAUGAGUGUAACUAUAUAUAUAUAUAUAUAUAUAUAUAUAUAUAUAUAUAUAUAUAUAUAUAUAGUUAAAAUGGUUAAUAUUGCAUUUUGACAUUUUUAUCACACCUAAACACUGCCCACCUUCCAAUUCGGAUUAUAAUGUAAUGUGAAAAAUACCUCAUUAAAACAAAAUCCUGUUAUAAAUAAAAUGAUUGUUAAAAUUAUACUUGACAACAAUAAAUAAAAAAAAAUGCAAUAAAAUAAUUCAGAAUUGUGAGAUAAUGGUUGCAACUACCUUUUAUUUUUAUUCUGUGGCUGAAACAAGCUUCCAUAUGCAGUAUUUUAAUAAUUACAGUAUACAGAAAUGUAAGAUGUAAACUCUAAUAAAUUCUAAUAAUUCUAAUAAAAAAAAGUCUGAUUUGUUAGAAAAAAAAGUUGCAAUUACCUUUUUAAUUUUUUUAUUCUGUUGUGGAAACAAGCUUCCAUAUACAGUACACACAUUUUUAUUGGUUGAAAUAUGACUCGGGACAUUUCUUUUAUUUCUAAAUCUGUCCAGUAAGGAGGAAAUGCAAUAACGCCUUGUCAGAGUGACUGAGGUGUAAUUCAGAAUGCAUGUGAUUUCUCAGGCUUUACUUGUAGAAGCAUCUCGGCUUCCAUGAACCUACUUGAACUUGUCACGAGACUAAUGAGGAUAAUGAUAAAAUGCCAUCAUUCCUCUCAAGCCACACAUCUUUUAAUACAUUUUAUUGCACUUUGACAGUCCCCAUUUAUAGUUGUAAAUGCUUGGUCAUUAAUGCUCAAAAAAGACAUGUAAACAGUUGUUUAUAAACCUUUUGUAUUUCUACUCCAGUGGUCCACUGGUUUAUCAUCUCUGUCCACUAAUGUCUUUUAGGUAUUUAUAUGCUAUUUUAAAAUAAAGCAUCUGUUUGGUACCAA